AUGGUCUUAUCUCUUUCUUCUUUCCCUCCACUCUCUCACUCUCGCGUUUGGGAGAUGGUCUUAUCUCAUUCAACCGACCGGAGUGGAAAUAUUUUGCCAGGUACGGUUGUUGAUACCAAGAUUUGCCAUGUAAGAGAGUUUGACUUCUACCUAUGUAGUCAUUCGGGUAUCCAGGGAACAAGUCGGCCAACUCAUUAUCAUGUGUUGUUUGAUGAGAAUGACUUUAGUGCAGAUGCAUUGCAAGGACUCACUAACAGCUUGUGUUACACCUAUGCGAGAUGCACUAGAUCGGUGUCUAUAGUUCCUCCUGCUUACUAUGCUCAUUCUACUUAUUAUGCUCAUCUUGCUGCGUGGAGGGAACACUAUUAUGUGGAAGGUGGCGUGGAAGGUGGCGUGGAAGGAGAUGGAGCUGAUGCUGAAUCCAUUAGUGUUAGAAUGAACACAAGGGAAGGGGAUGCAGUUGUUCGGCCUUUGCCUAAUGUUAUGGAUAAUUCUUAA